AUGAAUCCAAAACUGCGCCUGGACACCUCCAACAUGGGAGUCAACAAUCGAUACUCGUAUGUCGCAACGCCGCUGGAAAUGACUCCCCCAAACCAGGACCGCCCGCGACUUCCGUCUGCUCCAGCAGAUCAGAGCACUUAUUCGACCCAUCGACCGCCUAUCGCUAGUGAAGAGACACAGUUUACGUCGCAAGAUACUCCCGCUCCGGAUAUUCAACAUCACCCUGCUAUUCAUGCCCCAUUUGCGGACAGUAUACCGGAGCAUACGGUGCCAAUGCCUGCUGAGCAGAACAUAGAACCACCAAGCUCCCCGGGACCUCUUCCGAUAAAGACAGAUCCAUAUACACAAGAACGCGAGCAUGUCCGUCAUGAUUUGUCCGUCGCGCCCGAUGCGAACCCUCUUCAAUCGCCUACGAUACCUUACUUUCCUCCCCCGGCGAGGGCAGCAACUGCCCCAGCAACGACAACAAGUAACUUCGCCGCGUACCAUCAACCCGGGCAGAUUUCACACCCCAACCAAGAAAUAAAAGGCGGUGGAUGGAGCCACGGUUUAUGCGACUGUUCCAGCAUUGGGACAUGCUGUCUUGGCCUCGUGUGUCCCUGCAUCCUGUAUGGCAGAACACAGCACCGUCUAUCCAAGAGGUCGAGAAAAGAGGACCCGACGAAUAUGCUUGGGUACGAGACAUGCAGCGGGUCUUGCACGGCCAUGGCCCUGCUAUGCGGCUGCCAAUGGCUUCUGGCGACCAUCCAGCAUACUCGAACGCGCAGAGCGUACGGCAUCCAGGGUAGCAUCGCAUCCGACUGCGUCCGCGCAACCUGUUGCACGUGCUGUACGCUCAUCCAGGACGAGAAAGAGAUAAGAAAGCGAGAAGAAGAGAGGGCGAACGCAUCCAGAGCCGCCGGGGCUGCGCUGGUAUCCCCGUACCUAGCGCCGGUGCCGAUGUCGUACGGUCCACCCCAAAGGUGA